CAAUAGUUUUGCUCUUGUCGCCCAGGCUGGAGUGCAAUGGCACAAACUUGGCUCACUACAACCUCUGCCUCCGGGGUUCAAACAAUUCUCCUUCCUCAGCCUCCCGAGUAGCUGGGAUUACAGGUUCGCACCACCAUACCUGGCCAAUUUUUGUAGUUUUAGUAGAGGCGGGGUUUCACCAUCUUGGCCAGGCUGGUUUCGAAUUCCUGACCUCAAGUGAUCCACCUGCCUCGACCGCCAAAAGUGUUGGGAUUACAAGCGUGAGCCACCGCGCCUGGCCCCUUUAGGUCUUUCUUCAAAUGUUACCACCUCAGACUCUGGCCACCCUUCCUAAAACUGCACCCACUCUACAUACACCGCCCUUGGUUACCGAAUGUUUUCUCUUUAAGUCUUUUUCACCAUCUAAUAGGUAUUGCAUUUAUUUCUCGUAUUAUUUUGUCUCCCUGUAUAACAACACUGUGAAGCGUACAAGGGUAAGGGCUGCAGGCUGACUUGUCCUCAACACCCGUUUACUAUUUGUUACAUAAAUGAAUGAAUGAAUGACAUUUCUUUCUUUUUUAAUUCCUUUCCCUGAGCCCAUUGGCCACGCCUUUACAGUCUGACCACGCCUGGAAAUACUGCGCAUGCUCCGUUGCCAAACGGCGCAGGCUCUGCGCUGAAUCGGCACAAACCAUUCUCACUACUCGUACUGCGGUGGGGAGGUCGGAGAUAAUUUUUUCCCAUGAAAGAACAUAACGUUGCCCGUCUCCUUCCUCGAGGAAUAAAAUUCCUACACCUCCGUGUGCCCAGGUUUAGCCCGGGUUCUGGAAGGCUGGGGCCCACUGACAGCACGAUGGUGACGGAGCAGGAGGUGGAGGCCAUUGGGCGGAUGCUGGUGGACCCCAAGCAGCCCCUGCACGCCCGCUUCCGGGCGCUGUUCACGCUACGUGGGCUUGGCGGCCCGGGUGCCAUCGCCUGGAUCAGCCAGGCCUUUGGUGACGAUUCCGCCCUGCUCAAGCACGAGCUGGCCUACUGCCUGGGCCAGAUGCAGGAUGCCCGCGCCAUCCCCGUGCUGGUGGCCGUGCUGCAGGACACCCGUCAGGAGCCCAUGGUGCGCCAUGAGGCAGGGGAGGCCCUGGGGGCCAUCGGGGACCCACAAGUUCUGGAGCUCCUGAAGCAGUAUUCUUCGGACCCUGUCAUCGAGGGCAACCACUUGGCCAAGGAUGCGGCAGGGAUGAGGGAAGCCAGGGCGACAACCCAGAUGGACACUUGCUGUGCCCCAUUUGGCAAAACGGUGGCCGAGACCUGCCAGCUGGCCGUGCGUAGGCUGGAGUGGCUGCAGCAGCAUGGCGGGGAGCCGCCGGUGGGACCCUACCUCUCCGUGGACCCCGCCCCACCGGCUGAGGAGUGCGAUGUGGGGCGCCUGCGGGAGGCGCUACUGGAUGAGUCCCGGCCGCUGUUUGAGAGAUACCGCGCCAUGUUCGCCCUGCGCAAUGUGGGAGGCGAGGCGGCCGCCCUGGCGCUGGCCGAGGGCCUGCGCUGUGGGAGCGCCCUCUUCCGCCAUGAGGUCGGCUAUGUCCUGGGACAGCUGCAGCACGAGGCGGCGGUGCCCCAACUGGCAGCCGCCCUGGCCCACCACGCCGAGAACCCCAUGGUGCGGCACGAGUGCGCGGAGGCCCUGGGCGCCAUUGCCCGGCCCUCCUGCCUGGCCGCACUGCAGGCCCAUGCGGGCGACCCUGAGCGCGUGGUACGCGAGAGCUGCGAGGUGGCUCUGGACAUGUAUGAACACGAGGCUGGGCUGGCCUUCCAGUACGCCGACGGCCUGGAGCAGCUGCGUGGGGCCCGCUCCUAGGCCCCUGCCCCCACCCUGGGCUCCCCGAGGACUCUUGAGGGCUGCUCCUCCCCAGAGGGCUUGGAGGGCUUUGGUGUUCAAACCGGGUGUGUGUCAAUCGGGUGUCAUCACGUGUCUUGCUGGGCGCAUGGCUGCUGCCCCCUCCCUCCAUCUGGGACCCAGGGGCUGCCUUUGCACUGUGACUCCCUGAAUCCCCUGGCAGUUCCCGGGGGCCUAGCGCAGGGCUGUAGCAUGGACGUUUCCAGGCUCAGAGGUGACUGUGGGAGGCUGAGGUGCCAGGCUCGGGACAGGGUGUCUUAGGAGGGAGGAUUUUGAGGGAAGGCAGGGACAGAGCUGGGACUCUUGGAAGAGGCUGGCGGUAGUUAUGGUGGCUCCAGGUUCACUAGGAAUGGGGCACAGGGUCUGGGGGUCUCUGACCCCCCCCAGGCCUGGGCAGAGAUGGGGUGCUGGUCCCUGAGUGGGUCAGGCAGGGCACAGGGUCCCGGGAGGGACGACGACACCCCAGAGUGCUGCCCAGAUGGAGUAUUAAAUUAUUUUUGCCAAGCA